AUGUGCUGCAACUACUACGGGAACUCCUACGGGGGCUGUGGCUACGGCUGUGGCUAUGGCUCUGGAUAUGGCUGUGGCUAUGGCUCUGGCUAUGGCUGUGGCUAUGGCUCUGGUUAUGGCUGUGGAUAUGGCUCUGGCUAUGGCUGUGGCUAUGGCUCUGGCUAUGGCUGUGGCUACGGCUCUGGGUAUGGCUGUGGCUAUGGAUCCAGAUAUGGUUGUGGAUAUGGAUCUGGCUAUGGCUGUGGCUAUGGCUCUGGCUACGGCUGUGGCUAUGGCUGUGGCUAUGGAUCUGGCUAUGGCUCUGGAUACGGCUGUGGCUACGGCUCUGCUUAUGGCAGUGGCUGCUGUACCUUCCGACCAUGCUGCUACCGACGAUGCUAUUCCUCUUGCUGCUAGAACAUCGCCAAGAACACUCUGCGCCUCCAACAUAAGAUUGAAAAUUAAUGCUUUUCCCCAAAUGAUGCCCCAUUCAUCAUCUCUACACUCCAGUGGGGAUUGGACACUUCCUGUUUUUACAUCCAAGUCUUGUUGUUAUUGAGGAAGUAGGAAUGCGUCCCUUGUGGGAC